CGCAGUGAGAAUGAAUCGUUUGCUUUUGAGCGUGGUGGCGCUGGUCGCCUUGGUCUCCUGUGCCCAGGGACAUCCGGACAUCGACUUCCCCUUCGGAAGGAUCGUGAACGGCGAGGCCGUCGAAAUCGAGAGCCACCCGUACCAGGUGUCCAUCCAGACGACCAAGGGCUCCCACUUCUGCGGAGGAUCUCUGAUCAGUUCGGAUACCGUUCUGACCGCCGCUCAUUGCAUGCAAUCCUAUGCCGCCAGCGAGUUGCAAGUGCGUCUGGGAUCCACCUCCAGGAGCUCCGGUGGCGAAGUGGUCACCGUGCGGGCCUUCAAGUACCACGAGGGCUACAACAGCAAGCUGAUGGUGAACGAUGUGGCCAUCAUGAAGCUGAGCACCCCCGUCCGCCAGACCAGCAAGAUCCGCGCCAUCGAGCUGGCCGAUUCGGAAGCCGUUUCGGGAACCAAUGCCGUCGUCAGUGGAUGGGGCACCACCUGCUUCCUCUUCUGCUCAUCCCCCGACAACCUGCUGGAGGUCGGAGUGGAGCUGCUGCACUACAAGGACUGCGCCCAGGACACCUACAACUAUGGCAGUGACUCCAUCCUGGAGACCAUGGUCUGCGCCACCGGCGAGAAGAAGGACGCCUGCCAGGGCGACUCCGGCGGUCCGCUGGUGGCCAACGGCAAGCAGGUGGGCGUCGUCUCCUGGGGCAACGGAUGCGCCUGGACCGGCUACCCGGGAGUCUAUGCCGAUGUCGCCUCCCUCAAGAAGUGGAUCGACGAGACCUCUGCUUCCCUGUAAAUUUAGUGAAUAAAUGCUAUGGCAAGAGUUUUUUCAAAAAA